CCGCCGCGCGCGGCCCGGCGAGGCGGCAGCCGAGCUCAGUUCCCCCAAAAUUAUAAAAGCAGGAAAACUCAAGACAAGGAAACCCAAUAAGGCCAGUGAUUUCAGCGAUAUGGCAAACUGGCCAACACCAGGAGAGUUAGUGAGCACUGGAUCUCAGAGUGUCAUCAGCCAAGGAAAUAAGAAGCCACAAAUCAGAAAAGAAAAAGAAGAGAAGGUUGAAAAGAGGAGUAACAGUGAGAGCAAAGAAAACCGGGAAACAAAAUUAGACGGUCCUGUUGAAAAUGUGAGUGAGGACGAGGCCCAGUCAAGCAGUCAGCGGAAGAGAGCUAAUAAACACAAGUGGGUACCACUGCACUUGGACUAUGUGAGACCAGAGAGUCAAGAGAGACCUGGAUCCCGGAACAGCUCUCGGUGUCAACCUGAAGCAAAUAAGUCAUCCCAUAAUAACAGGAGAAAUGACACACGAAGUUGGAGGCGAGACAGAGAAAAAAGAGAUGAUCAGGAUGAAGUGUCCAGCGUGAGGAGUGAGGGGGGUAAUAUCCGAGGUUCCUUCAGAGGUCGAGGAAGAGGACGAGGCAGAGGAAACCCUCGAGUAAACUUUGAUUAUUCGUAUGGUUACCGAGAACAUGGUGAAAGGACGGAUCAGCCAUUUCAAACAGAAAUUAACACCAGUAUGAUGUAUUACUAUGAUGACGGUACGGGUGUACAGGUGUAUCCUGUGGAAGAAGCAUUGCUUAAAGAGUAUAUUAAGCUUCAAAUUGAAUAUUACUUCAGUAUAGAAAACUUGGAACGUGACUUCUUUCUUCGGAGAAAGAUGGAUGAGCAAGGUUUCCUGCCUAUUUCCCUGAUUGCUGGAUUUCACCGCGUUCAGGCUCUCACCACAAACCUUAAUCUCAUUUUAGAGGCCCUGAAGGACAGCACAGAAGUAGAAGUUGUGUUUGAGAAAAUGAGGAAAAAGACAGAACCAGAAAAAUGGCCAAUCCCGGGCCCCCCUCCCAGAAGCGUGCCACAGACUGACUUCUCUCGGCUGAUCGACUGUCCCGAGUUUGUGCCAGGCCAAGCCUUUUGCUCACAUACAGUCAGGGUGAUGAUCUACUGAUGCCCUGGAUGUCAUCUGAUGGGGAUGUGCAGUGGAGCAGGUGGCUCACUGAAAUGCAUUGUAAAUACUGGAACAAACCGUGCUGCAGAGAUGGAAGCCACCAGACUGCCUUCCGUGUGAGAGUGUCCACUGCCGACCCCCGGGCAGCACGACAGUGGAGAUGACAACUUCUGCCAUGAUGGAGACAGA